AACUCUCAACGCAUCCGCCUUUAACUUUCUGGUGAAAACAGACAAAAAUUUUCAAGUAUGUGACAUAAUAAUGAGGUGGAAAUUUAUGGUGGGCAGGUCAUAGUAGCAUAAUUCCAUGGAAAUGUUGAUGUAAUCUCAGCUACCAAAAGCCAUUAAGAAGGUAAGGCCAAUGCAGUGGUUAACCACAAGAACCAGCCAACCCCGUCAGGCGUCAGCUUCUUAAAUAUAUGCCUAUCUAUCUGUAUAAAUAUCAGUGCAUGUUGGUGGAGUGAUUUGAUAUUCGGAGCACUAAUCAUCGUGUUCGUGUGUGCUUUUUCUGCUUAAAAAUGGUGGGAAUUGUGUAUAUUGAGCUUUUCUUGUCAGUUAUGUGGUUUAUGGCUUUGUGGGUGUGGUUGAAUUACAGGGCCCUGGCGUGGAACUGGCCUGUGAUCGGAAUGCUGCCGACGCUUCUGCUUCACGUGAGCCGGAUUCACGACAAUUGCACGGAGAUUAUGGGGAAGUCCCGACGGGGAACUUUUCAUUUCCGGGGUCCCUGGUUGGCUGAUAUGGACAUGAUGGGGACUGCUGAUCCUGAGAAUGUUCACUACAUUAUGAGCGCGAACUUCCAGAAUUUCCCGAAAGGCCCCAAGUUCAGGGAAAUUUUUGAUGUUCUUGGAGAUGGGAUUUUCAAUGCAGAUUCGGAGUCCUGGAGGGACCAGAGAAGGGUUGCCAGGGCCCUGAUUUCUCACCAUGGUUUCCUCCGGUUUCUGGCGAAGAUCAGCCGUGAGAAGGUAGAGAAAGGCCUGAUUCCAGUUCUUGAAACGGUGUGCCUGGAAAAUCGGGUGGUCGAUUUGCAGGAUUUGUUCCAGAGGUUGACGUUUGAUACAACUUGUACAUUUGUUACUGGUUAUGAUCCUGGAUGCUUGUCUGUUGAUUUGCCUGAUGUUCCUUUCUCGAAAGCCCUAGAUGAUGCCGAAGAAGCGAUAUUCAUGCGCCAUGUGGUUCCUGAAAAGAUUUGGAAACUUCAGAGGUGGUUUGGGGUUGGAUCUGAGAGAAAAUUGAGCAAGGCUCGUGAAGUCUUGGAUAGCGUCAUUGGCAGGUAUAUCGCGCUGAAGCGCGGCGAAAUGAGAAGCCGAGGAAUUUCGAUUGAUUGUGAAAAUGAAGAUGGUGUGGAUCUGCUCACGUCUUACAUGACUGUGGGAGACGAUGGUACUCAAACCCAUGAUUUGAAAUGUGAUGACAAGUUCUUGAGGGACACGAUACUGAAUCUAAUGAUUGCAGGGCGGGACACGACGAGUUCUGCUCUGACAUGGUUUAUAUGGCUUGUGUCGACACAUGCUGAAGUGGAAAAGAGGAUCAGGGAUGAACUGAAGUCCUUUCUGCCCGCCGGAGAACGUGAAAAGUGGCGUGUGUUUGGGGUUGAAGAAACCAAGAAGUUGGUUUACAUGCAUGGAGCAAUUUGCGAAGCCCUACGACUAUAUCCACCAGUCCCGUUCCAGCAUAAGGAGCCGGUGGAACCAGAUAUCCUUCCGAGCGGGCAUUUUGUGGAACCGACAAUGAAAGUGAUGUUCUCAUUGUACGCCAUGGGACGGAUGGAAUCCGUUUGGGGCGAGGAUUGCUUGGAAUUCAAGCCGGAGAGGUGGAUUUCUGAUAGGGGAUCGAUCAAGCACGAGCCCUCAUACAAGUUCUUGGCUUUCAAUGCUGGUCCGAGGACUUGCUUGGGGAAGGAUGUGGCUUUCGCUCAGGUGAAGGCAGUGGCCGCCACCUUAAUCCAUAACUACCAAGUUCACGUGGCAGACGGCCACCGCGUGCUGCCCAAUUGUUCCAUCAUCCUCUACAUGAGGAAUGGAUUGAAGGUUAGGGUUGCCAAUAGAUGGUCUGCUAAGAAAAAUUGAGAUGUAUGUGGGGCUUGAAAAUGUUGGUUGUUUCUUGUUCCUAGUUUCUUGCUACCUAGUAAUUUCCUUGUCAUCUAUUUGUGUAAGUUGUCCUUGGUGAUGUUUCAAGAAUGGAGAAUUGCUAGUUUCGAAUUAUGGCUCUUACAAUUUGCUACGGUUAUAAUUAGAGACAAAAAUUUUAUUA